UGGUCUUGAAGAUCCGCCAUCCGAGUUGAUUUAAGAGAAUUAUCUCAAUCAAUGAACAAACAAUAAUUAGUUAAAUUAGUUCCUGCGGAAGGCUACGACUGCUGCAAGGACUUCAUCACCUGCUAAACACACGGGCAAACAUUUUGCCUACCGUUGCAGCCGUAUAUAUAAGCAAUUGUGCGAAAUGCUAAAGGCCAGUGUCAGCUGUAAACUGAGAGGUAACAGAGCGUCAGUUAUCAAUGGAACACCGUAGUCUUUUCCGUUUCGUUCUUGCUCUAACAGCGACGAUCGAAGUCACGUCGGCACCUAUAAGCGAUUUUGGAUCAGGACGCAGAUCUGUUUGGCAAAACGUCGGAAGACGCAGUUUCUACGGGCCGUGGGAUAUCGCGGUAAAACGAAACGGGAACUAUAUCGAUUACAACGAUUAUGAUGUUUACAUCGAACAGUUCCGGCCUAAUUCGCCGGAGCUGCCAUACGGCGACGUGCCGAUAGCUAACGGAUAUAUUGACGCGUCGCCCUCGGUUUACGAUAGCGGCCUGUCGGAACUGAACACGCUACUCAGCUCCGUGGGCCUCGCUGAUUUCCGCACCGGAGUUCGCCCUUCUGAUUGGAUCGACCGGAGCUUUAAAGAAGACCAUUGGGAGGAUAUUGCUUCUCACGAAGUCGACGAAGAUACGUAGGAACUCUCGGCGACUCUGUGACUCCAAUUGCAACGAGAUAACGAACUUUUGUAAAGUUAAAUGAAGAAACGAAAUGAAUACAAUAGAUUUUCCGAGAAGUUAAAAUAAAUAUCGUUUCAAUGUUAA